AUGUGUUUGCUAGAGGGAUCUCUGAAUCAGAUGCACUGGGCAGAUGAGUAUCCAGCAUGCGGCGGGCGAAAACAGUCACCCAUUGACAUCCAGAGGCGCAAUGUAAAAUUUAACCCAAAAAUGCUGCAGCUUGAGCUGGCCGGCUAUGGUGAGAUGAAGAACAGCAACUUUCUUAUGAUCAACAAUGGACACUCAGUUCAAAUCAACCUUCCGCCAACUAUGAUAAUUUCAAAGGGACUGCCAAACCGCUACACAGCUGUUCAAAUGCACUUGCACUGGGGUGGAUGGGACCUGGAAGCAAGUGGAGCAGAACAUACUUUGGAUGGCAUUCGUUACAUGGCUGAACUUCAUGUGGUCCACUACAACUCUGACAAGUAUGCAAGCUUUGAUGAGGCUAAAGACAAACCAGAUGGUCUGGCAGUAUUGGCCUUCUUUUAUGAGGACGGGCAUUUUGAGAACACAUACUACAGUGAUUUCAUCAAUAACCUGGCAAAAGUCAAAUACGCAGGACAGUCGAUGAAUAUUUCUACUCUAAAUGUGCGCUCCAUGCUCCCAGAGAACCUUGCCAACUUCUUCAGAUAUGAAGGCUCUCUUACAACGCCCCCUUGCUAUGAGAGCAUCCUGUGGACUGUGUUUGACACACCCAUCACCCUUUCUCACAACCAGGUUAGAAAGCUGGAGAGCACUAUCAUGGAUCUUGAAAAUAAGACUCUGUGGAAUGAUUAUCGCAUUGCACAGCCUCUAAAUGAUCGAGUAGUGGAGUCCUCCUUCCUGCCUCGACUGGGCAAAGGCACUUUCUGUAGGCAAGAGGAAAUUGAGGCAAAACUUUUCAAUAUUGAAGGCAUGAUUACAUCGCUUGGAAAGCAUAUCUAUUUAGAUACUAAAGACUCCAGGCCCAACAAUAAAGAGCCACAGGCAAUAGCUCCACUGGUGCUACACUUUCUAGAGCACAAGCUAGAGAGUUAUGCAUUGGUGAACCUGGCUCAACCCAUGAAUCUGCACUCCUUCACAGUUUGUAUGAACCUGCGGAUGCAUCCUCGACCCAUACACACUGUCCUAUCUUACUCUAACUCGGUCAACGACAACGAGCUCAUGAUCACCAUGGGCCACGAGGUGGGUUUCUGGAUUGGAAACGAGUUUGUAAACUUGCCUCACAAGCUGCGUCCCCACAGCUGGGCUCAUUACUGCAUCACUUGGGCCUCUCACACUGGAGGGGCUCAGCUUUGGGUAAACAGCAUCGAGGGAGAGGAGCAGUACAUACGGGCGGGCUACACCAUCAUUUCUGGUGGUCAGCUUAUCUUGGGAAAAGACCUAGAUGGCCUCCUGGGGAUCUCAGAUUCGGAUGCAUUUGUGGGCCAAAUGACGGAUGUGAAUGUGUGGGAUUACUUGCUGAGCCCUGAAGAGAUCAAGGAGCAGAUGUCGUGUGACAAAAACCCAGUAAAAGGCAACGUGCUGGCCUGGGGCAUCACACGCCUGAGUCUGUAUGGAGGAGUGCAGCUGGAGACUGAAAAAAACUGCUCCUAAAAGCACUGAGUUUCAGAUUCAACAUGAGACUGUUUUGAACUGAUUCUAUAACCGUGAUAAUCUGACUGUUGUUUUUUUGAGUUCAGAUUAACAAUUAUGUUUAAUCAUACAUAUAUGCAGUAUUUUUAUUAUAUGUAAUAUCACAAAUAAAGUGCCUGAUUAUUAUUUAUAUUAUAAUUAUCACACUGGAUAAUUUUGGAUUAUCACA